CAACGCCGGCUCCGCGCUGCCAUUGACUCUCUUAAGUACAUCGAGCUCCAGCGCAUAGCCAAAGGUGCCGGCCUGAAGGCCAAUCUGCGGGCAGACAAACUGUUGAAAGCACUGAAGCAACACUUUCAUGGAGCAAAUCAAGAAAAUGAAAAUAUGGAUUUGGAAAAAAGUGCAUCUACUACCAUUGAAUCAGAUGAACAGAACAGUCGGGAGGAAUCUAUGCCUGAUCAAGAGUGCUUUAUCACAAAAAGACGUGGAAAAGAAAAGAAAGCAACCAGAAAAAAUAGCAAUUCCAAGGAGGAAGCUAAUAGCGGUGGAGACAAUGAAGGGCUUUCUGCUGAGAAAGAGGAGCAUUCAGAAAUGAAAGAAAACAAAGUGCCCCAGUAUGAAAAGGGAAAGAAAGUACUGCAAAAUGAUGAGCCAGUGACUAAAAAGAGAACUAUUGAGAAUUCAGAUGUGAGUAUGGGGCAGAAAGAGCAACCAGAGAAGAUUUCUGCUAAAAAAGGUAGAGUGGAAGCUCAUCCUGCAGGAGGGAAGAUCCCUUUAUAUGUAGGCCAUACAUCAAAGUCUGGGAAAACAGGAAUGAAAGCUACCACACCAAACUUCAAAAAGUUACAUGAGGCUCAUUUCAAGAAAAUGGAGUCUAUUGCUGACUACAUUGAGAGGAAAAAAAAGAUUUCGGAAAACCGCAGCAGUUCUCUCAAGGAAGUCCAGAAACAUUCCAAUGGCAAAACAUUUUUAUUCAGCCCAAAUCCACAGAGAGGCAGAUUUUCUACCAGCUGCACUCCUAGCAACCUCCGACACUCACCACGCAGUUCUUCGAACACUGCGAAUAGGAGUAUUUUAUUGAGGAAACCUUCAUUUAAUCCUUCUGUCCUCUCAACAACCAAAAUGAAUGUCAGGUUCUCGGAAGCCACAAGAGACAAUGAGCACAAGCGCUCUCUUACUAAAACUCCAUCGAGAAUGUCUCCAUACUUGGAGGAGGUCUGCACUCCUGAUAGCCAGAAGAGUAGCAAAGUCUUAAGUAAGAAAAUCAACAGCAGAAAUUCCAAAAAUAAUGAUAUGUCUGCAUCCAAGGGAAAAGUAGAUGUUCUCACCCCCUUCAAGUUUGCUGCUACUCCUGCAGAACCCACAAGCACAAAGAAGACAUUUGACCUCAAAGCCAGUCUCUCAAGGCCACUUCGCUACCAGCCCCAUAAAGGAAGACUAAAACCAUGGGGAGAAUGUAAAGAAAAUGCUGUCCCAAAUAAGCCCGUGAAUAGCAAAAUCUCCUCAUACAAGAAAGAGUACAAGCAACCACACCUCCAGACGAGGGAAGAAAGACGUGAGAAGCACGAUCAGGAAAGAAAAAAGAAAAAGACCCAAGCUCUUGGAAACCGUAGAGGACUAAAGGUGGCUUGA